AUGUCGUCUGAACUCGUCAUCACGCCGGAAAAAGAAACAACAAUGCCAGCAGAAAGCAUUGUGGAUGGAAAUGAUUUGUCCAACACGGCUCAAGAAGACUUUCUUUCCACUACUGUUGACAAGAUUAAACAGGAACAGGACGAUAUCUUGGAAACUCCUCCUUCUCCUGGUUCGUUACAAAACCCUCCACCACCUUAUUCACAAUGGGAUGAACUCAGCUUAGAACAGUUAUUAGAAAAGGGUAAAGAGCUCAUCGGACAUACUGAGUAUUUGGCUAAUGGUGGAGGUGAACAAAAAGAACAAAAGGACGGUAAAGUGCUUGACAAGAUGACCCAAUUAGAAUCUCUAGUAUCAUCAUUGCAACAUAUCCUGAACGAUCAAACAUUUGCUAUGCAUGACUUGAGAUCACAAUUAUCAGACAUUCAAAUUGUUCUUAAAAAAAUGCAAGACAAGCAAGAAACGAUAACUAAUGAGGAAGUAAUGAAACAAGUGGCUACUAUGAAGGCUCUUACUGAGAAUAUUCUUACAUCAAAUGAAAGAAACAAUUUAGUUCCUAUCACUCCUUCAUCAGAAAUUUUGAAUGCGUCACCUACCACUGUUCAAACUACUCCAUCAUCUCGUCAAACUUCUCGAGUACCGUCUCGAGCCCCAUCUCGAGCUCCAUCUCGCGUUCCAUCCCGAACUACUUCCCGAGCUCCAUCAAGAGCACCAUCAUCUUCUAGACCAGUAUCACGCGCGGUAUCGCCGGCUCAUACCCCCUCGUUGUCUAGAUCAUCAUCUAGAUAUAAACUUGAUCUUCCGACAUCAGAACAUAAGAAUGAUAUUCCAAAAAUAGAAGAAGGAAGUGAUGAAGAUGAAGAACUUGAAAUUAAUGAUCCCUCAUUUAAUAAGAUGCGUGAUUUAUUAAAUUUCAUGAUAAAUGAAGCACAAGAAGCCGUGGAAAAACCUGUUAAAGGUCGUGACAAGAAGAAACGUGCUCCUUCAACUACAAGCAGAGGCCUUAAAAGAGAAAAGGCUCAUAAACGACAAAAAAGUGUACAUGAAGAAAGAUUUGAACUAGGAAUGAUGGAAUUUAAUAAGAGUAUCGCAGAUUUUAACGAUCUUGUUGAUGCAAUGACUACAGAUAAUGUGCAAGAAGAAGAAUAUGAUCCUUGCAUACAAUAUGUAGAUUCAACGAGAACGCUCAUAGGAAGCCCAAGUGAAAAUCUUGCAGAUCUUGAUGAUUUCUCACAACAGUGCCGUCUUCUUACACGUGCACUUAUCCUUCCAUUCUUGCAUGCGACUCACUCUUUCAUGUGUGAAUCACUUAAGACUACUAACACAAAUUCACCAAGAAGCAUGACAAGUACUACUAGGACCUUUAUGAAUCUCAUGUAUUGGACAUUCUUGUUCACUCUUGGUUCAUUGGUAUUAGAUGCAUGGUUAUGUGAAGUUGCAGGAAGACAAGUUAUUCGAAUGCAAGAUGGAGGGUUCGGGGUUUUGGGUGACGGUAAAAAAAAAAACGUCAAAUUUCGAACGGGCCCUAAAAUGAAGGCCGUUACGUGGAAAGGGGUAGAGACGGGUGUUGUAGGUAGUGGAAAGAGGUGGUUGAGGGAUGGAAUGAUGAAUUUGAGACGAAAAAGUAGGCGUUUGUUAACGAGUGGUAGAUGGAAUAGAUGGGAAAUAUUUAGUAGGACGACGGUGGGACGUUUUGAAGAAGAGUGUAGUGAUGAUAGUGAAGAAUGGGAGAUUGUAGACUUUGAUAGUAGCGAUGGCGAGGAUAGCGAAACUGAAGAGGAUGAAAUUGAAGAAGAUCCAGCAAUUGUUCUAAGACGUAGGAUAACUAAUGAACGAUCUCGGCGUGCCGGACACGUGAAUAGUAUGAUAAUUGAUAAAGACUAUGCAAAAAAGGAAAUAAUAAAUGAUUUGAUCGAAACAGACGUGUCCACAGACCAAUCAAGUGAUUCACAAGAAAAACUAGAUCCUUUAUUAGAAAAAAUGACAGAUAUUACAUUUUCAGAAAGUUUAGAAGAUGUUGAUUUAAAUAUACCCGGUUCAUUUCCUUCACAAUUCAGAUGGACGCCACCACCAUCACCAAUUGUCGAUGUAAUAGAAGUAGCAGAAAAUGUAAGACGAGUAACAAGUGUUGUACUACGUCGACCAAAACGUAAUGGACCUUUUGGUGGUAGUGGUUCGUUUUGGAUAAUGAAAACACAUAAAAUAAAAACACGGAGCAUAACUAGUAAAGAUGUUACUUCUGCUGUUCUUAAAAGUUCAAGUUCUAAAUCUAGCCCAAUAUCAAAGAAAAAGAGCUCAAAAUCACUACCCAAAAGGACAUGGAUACGACGGAAUAGCAUAUAG